UGAGGUGGCUUGGAGGCAAGGUCCCUGAAAGGGCUCUUCUGCUCCCUUUGCACCUGGAGUUCCCCCCGUGACCCUGCUGACUUGUGUGGUGGUUUUCUAUCACAAGAUGUGAGUCCCUUAUUGGCAGGUUGGUGGGGGGAUAUGGGAGAGAAGUGAGGGGCAGCCUUUAAACUAGUCAUAAGCCCCAAUUGAGACAACUGUUGCCAGGAAAGAAGCUGAAAUGCUUGACUAGCACUGAUACUGUGGGGAUUUUCCCUUUUUCUUCAAAAAAAAAAAACAGAAAAGACCCAGUGGAAAAAAAAAAGUGAUGAGCUGUGAGGCAGGCGGCGGCCCUACCCCACACCAGGAGACAAGGCGCCACUCAUUUGUUUAAAUUUGCAGUUGGCGGCUGUCACCUCUCUAUAGGCACCAGGCGGACAGCCUCUCACAUCAGACAGUGACCAGUCUGGUGAUGCACAGCUGCAGCCAUGAACUACGCCCUAACCCUGGACAUGGACCUCACAAACUACAAUCUGGAAGAUGUGUACAAGGAAUUCAGCAACUACAGUGACAGCACGGUGUCCCCGAAGGAAAGCUACUUCUGCUCUACAACAGAGGGGCCCCUACUGGCUUCCUUCAAGGCCACAUUCAUGCCCGUGGCUUAUGGCCUCAUCUUUCUCCUGGGCAUGAUGGGCAACAUCCUGGUGCUGGUGAUCCUGGAACGUCACCGGCAGACACGUAGCUCCACGGAGACCUUCCUAUUUCACCUGGCGGUGGCCGACCUCCUCCUAGUCUUCAUCCUGCCCUUUGCUGUGGCUGAGGGCUCUGUGGGCUGGGUCCUGGGCACCUUCCUCUGCAAAACUGUGAUAGCUUUGCACAAGAUCAACUUCUACUGCAGCAGCCUGCUCCUGGCCUGCAUUGCUGUGGACCGCUACCUGGCCAUCGUCCAUGCUGUCCAUGCCUACCGCCACCGCCGCCUCCUCUCCAUCCACAUCACCUGUGCCACCAUCUGGCUGGCGGGCUUCCUCUUCGCCUUGCCAGAGCUUCUCUUCGCCAAGGUCAGCCAAAACCAUCACAACGACUCCCUGCCACGCUGCAUCUUCUCCCAAGAAAACCAAGCAGAAAGCAAUGCCUGGUUCAUCUCCCGCUUCCUCUACCAUGUUGGUGGGUUCCUGCUGCCCAUGCUGGUGAUGGGUUGGUGCUACGUGGGGGUGGUGCACAGGCUGUGCCAGGCCCAGCGGCGCCCUCAACGGCAGAAGGCGGUCAGGGUGGCCAUUUUGGUGACAAGUGUCUUCUUUCUCUGCUGGUCUCCCUACCACGUCAUCAUCUUCCUGGACACCUUGGUGAGGCUGAAGGCCGUGGGCAAUAGGUGUGAACUAAACAGCUAUCUCUCCGUGGCCAUCACCAUGAGUGAGUUCCUGGGCCUGGCCCACUGCUGCCUCAACCCUGUGCUCUACACUUUCGCUGGGGUGAAGUUCCGUAGUGACCUGUCUCGGCUUCUCACCAAGCUGGGCUGUGCUGGCCCGGCCGCCCUUUGCCAGCUCUUCCCGAGUUGGCGCAAGAGCAGUCUCUCUGAGUCGGAGAAUGCCACCUCCCUCACCACCUUCUAAGUCCCAGCAUCCCCUUUUGUUUCUGCUUUCCUUGCAUGGAUACAGUGACCCUGGAACCCCUUUCAACAAGAGUUGGGUUCCUAGGAGUUCAUCUUGGCCAACAUCUUCAUAUGGGGGAGCUGGAUGAGUCAACCCCUUUCUAGGUCAUCCCUGCCAGCUCUUCUCUCAGCCCCAUGGCUAGGCUGGAGGCCAGGGGAGGGGAAGUAGCCCAAAGGCAAAGCAUAGCCUACCUAUGCCCACUGCAUCACUUUGGGCUGAGAGGCCACCACAAACUUGCUCUCAUCCUAACCAUCCCAAGCUCAGGAAACAACUUUUACAUCUGCCCCUGCCAAUAGGGAAAGUCAAUCCCCUUCCAGGACACACUAUCAUUUUGUGGGCCUCUGACCUCCAUAGCUACCCACCACUGUUCCCAUCCCACCAGCUGAAUGAAGCCAAGAGAAGUUGAGCACCAGGGAAUGGGUGGAGGUUGGGGCUAAGGCCAGCUGACAGUGGAGUGUAGUCUUGACACAUCUCAAUCCCUGAUGAAUACAGAUAUUCUGCCAGGCCCCCAGCCCUGCAGCUGUUUGACAAAGCAGGAAGCUCAGGCUGACUCCGUUCAGGUAGCGACCCCUGGCUCUGACCACACCAGUGCUAGGCCAGACUCUGGGUGACUGGCAGGACUACAGGCAGAGGUACAGAUUCCAGGUGCUCUCAGCAACACAGCUGGUAUUGGUGGAAGAACCAAGGUCGAGUCAGCAAGGGAGAGGCCCAAUAUGGGAAAGAAAAGAUUUCCCUUUCCUAGCCCCAAAGAGAGACAAGGGUAGAGGGAACCUGGCUGUUUCUUCUGCCCAGAAUGGAAGUGGAGGUGGAGCAGAGAGCUCCCAGGGAAGGCUGGAUCCAGAAAGCUGGUGGGUUCUGGGCAGACUCGUCCUUCCCAACCGCUCCACACAAGCUAGAGAGGAAGAGGGAACUCCUAGAGCAGCAGAGGGGUCUCAGGCUACAACAGAGGGAGUACGUGGCCAAGAGGCAGAAUGGGGUUGUAGACCCCUGAGGUGACAGGAGUCGAAAGAGCCAGGGGCUGGAGGGGGCCUCUGGAAGUCACCCCAGUGCCCCUGUCUGCAGGCCAAGCCCAGAGCUUGGUCCCUCUAGGCCUCACCUUAGACAGGGCAGUGUGAAUGAAGAUCUGGGCAGGGAAGUCCCCAGGCCCCCAAGGAAGCCCUGCCCUGAGAGGAUACUACUCAGAUGGAACCAGAGGAAGCUGCUCCUCGCUGUCAGGCAGUUCUGGGCAAUCCCUCCCUCCUCCUCAGCGUCAGAUGUAGGGUGGAGAGGGGAGUCAGGGACACAUCUGGGUUGCCAAGUCCCACUCAAGCCAAUCGGCCAAGGCCCCUGGGAGACCCCCACUGAGGAACUCAGAGCUGGAGUCCCUGGGGCUGUGCCGUCGUGGCAGAUCACUAGGAACCCCUGGGGUCCCCCUUUCUCCUCCCAGCAUCCAAUACCAAGCUGGCCUGGAGGAGUUAGACACAGAAGCAAAAAGGCGAGAGGUUGGAUUUUGAAUUUUCUUUUUAAUAAAAAGGCACCUAUAAAACAGGUCAAUACAGUACAGGCAGCACAGAGACCCCCGGAACAAGCCUAAAAAUUGUUUCAAAAUAAAAACCAGGAAGAUGUCUUCACAUAUCGUAUUUAUAUAUUUAUAUUUAUAUAUAUAUUUAUAUAAUGGUACAAAAUGGCUGGGGGUAUGGCCGUGAAUGGAGGGAGUAGGCUGGCCUGUGGAGUUCGCCUUGGAAAGCUAAUCCAGUGGUGGAGGUGGUAGGAGAGGAGGGUGGGGAGGGCAUGGGCCCUUGCAGUCUGACUCUUCUCCUCAGGACAGGAAACACUUAAGAGUCAGACAUUUUGGGGUGUCCUGGGUCAGGAGUGGGAGGGGGCUCCUGGGCACAAGGCCCAGGCUGAGGAAGGGCGGGCAAAACGCCUGGCAGGAUGAGGGCUGGUGGCCCCCAGAUACAGAAUGCCCAGCCCUGGGCCCCUGGGAGGUGCUGGGGAAGGCAGGAACCAGCUGACGUGGAUUGAGGACAGCACCAGGCAUGGGAGAAGUGGGGCAAAUUCCCUUUGUGUUACAGCUGCCAGUGCGAGACCAGGCCCUGUGUGUCAAAGAUGGAGGCCAUAGCAGAAAACACCCUGUCUAGAAAUGGCCCAUGGCCCUGGAGGCGGGACGCUAGAGGCCUUAGCCAAGGAACUGCCCUGCCACCUUGCAAGGCAGGAAAGGAAGUGAGAAAAGGAGAAGUCUUUUUCUCCUGGGGCCAAAACACUCAAGUUGUGUACGUAUGGCUUCAGCUCUGACCAGAAGCGGGGGAACUCUCCUGGGAAGAAAGGGGGCUGAGGGGAAGGCAGUGGCUGAGCCUGGGUGGGCAGGCAGACCCAGUAUGCGCCCUGAGCCCUGGGCACAGGGACUUUGCCAGGCAGAGGGAAGCAGUGGAAGCUCCCCUCCCCCCCGCCAACACUUCCCCGAUUCCAUCCUCAGGGGUGGAGGCUGGGGGGAGAAGACUGACUCAGUCAAACCCUUUUCCUUCCUCCUUUUGUAAGAAGUAGGUGGCAGCCUCUGGCAGAGCCAGGGCCCUGGAGGUUACCUGGCCCAGGGCUACUACAGCAGGCACAAGGCCAUCUUGGCCACCAGAGGCUUAGUGGCACCAUGGCACCCCCUCCAUGGCUCCACUCAGUGGGCCACACAGCUACUUCCUCUUCCUCCUUCCUUACAUCCCAGACUGGGGACAAAAGACUUCAUCUUACUGGCUAAGAUGCAGCAACAGCAGGGGACACCCAGAGGCCCCCAGCUGGGAAGCCAGGGCUCCACGUCACCACGUGGGGCACACGUGUGCUCCCUGAAUCAUGGCUCAGCAGCAGACAGGCUGCCACCCUGAGGUCUCAGCCCUGCUGGGCUCAUCAGCUGGAAGCCUAGGUGGUCUGAUCUCAACUUUGGUGCAGGGCAUCGAUGUCAUUUUACCAUUUGGGCAGGGACAGGAAUGGUAUCCUUUACUAACCCAGAGACACUGCAAACAGUGGGUGGGUAUGUAAGACGGCAUGUCCCUGGGUCCAGGGGAAUGGA